CGCCCGAGAAGUGCAUAAAGAAAAUGCUUACAAAACCGGAUACACUAUCUUCUCCAUCUUCUCUCAGCUUUCUCGUUCCGUUACCCAAACUAAACCAGAGAGUCUUUCACGUCAUCCAGAACAACCAAAGGAGCUCCAUAUCGGUUCCCUCUCUCAGCCAUGUCAAUCUAAUCCGAAAUGUUAAUUGCAUUAUUAGCAAACAAAGGCGAAAUGAGAGAGAAGAAGAAGUUGAUGAACCAAAACUGUGUUCGAAUUCAAACAGUCUGGAUUUUGUCCGAGGUAAGAAGCUUCUUAGUGAGCUGAGUACUUUGGGUAUCGGAGGCCCCUGCAACUAUUUCGUCCAAGUCUUCAACCCAACCCAACUGGUCUCUGCUAUCAGAUACUGUUGUGAUCAUUCUAUUCGGUUUAUUAUCGUUGGUAAAGGCUCUAAUUGUCUCUUCGACGAUUCGGGUUUCGAUGGUUGUGUUAUUCUGAACCGGAUUGACUACCUGGAGAGGAUUGAACCUGGGAUUUACAGAGCUGGGAGUGGUUUCCCAUUCAAUAGGUUAGGUGUCCACUGUUGCAAUGAAGGCUUUGGAGGCCUUGAAUUUGCUGGAGGCAUUCCUGGGACUGUUGGUGGUGCUGUUUACAUGAAUGCAGGUGCCAAUGGACAGGAGACUGCUGACACCAUUUACACUGUUGAGAUUGUUACCAUUGAUGGGAGACAUCAAACAUUGCACAGAAAUGAUCUUAGCUUCGGUUAUCGCAGAUCAUCCUUCCAAGAGAUGGAAAACAUGGCAGCAAUUGUGGCUGUAACAUUCCAGCUGAAACCUUCCGCGGCUGCGAGGGAACGGCAACAAGCAUACUUGCGAAGGAGGAAAUUAUCUCAGCCAUUGGUGGAAAGGAGUGCUGGAUCAGUGUUCCAAAAUCCUUCAGGUUUGGGAAUUUCAGCAGGAGAACUGAUUGAGAGAGCUGGGCUGAAAGGCUACAGUAUGGGAGGUGCAAAGGUUUCCGAUGUCCAUGCAAAUUUCUUCAUCAAUUCUGGGAGUGCUACUUCCCAAGAGAUGCUUGAACUCAUUGAUUUCGUUAAAGCACGGGUCAAUACAACAUUUGGCAUACAACUUGAAGAAGAAAUACAGUAUGUUAAGCCUUAUCAUAAGUUUUCUAGUACUUCAAUGGCAAUUUAAUGUAUUUCAGAAUUGCAUAAAUGUAUGGUUAUUCAAGGCUUUGCUCGGUAUUCUCCA